CGUGCGCGGUGCCAGUUGAGAAAUACAAUCGCCAUUGCGUGCAUGGCGAACGGUAGAAAAUGUUGAGCCAAUUGACGACAAAUUGAGAUGAAUUUAUUGUAGUGAAAAUUUCAGUGUGUGUAAUUAAUAUAUAUAUAUAUAAAACCCAAAGUUAAUUGAAGGAUGUGCACAAAUUACUAAUUACAACAACAAUUUCGGGGAAAUUAAUUCGGAUUAUUGUGAACCUAAACUGCAACGUAACUGGAGCCGAAGGACAUGUGCAACAACGAAAUGCCGCUAUGCGUGUGCACAACAGCAAGAGCAGCAGCAACAACAACAACAACAACAGCAGCACAACUAUUGCAUUAGCCGUCCAUAGCAACAGCAGCAGCAGGAGCAGCAGGAAACGUAUUUACAGGAGUCUAACGGCAGGUUACGGCGCCUGUCCUGCCGCUAACAACUGAUUGAGCAAACGAGCAUUGUGUAAAUAAUGAUGCAACUACAAUUUCAACAGCAGCAGCAACAGCAUCGGUGUUAUAAAUAACACAAGGACAUGGAUGGGCGCAACGAACGCGAGGACAAAGACGACAUCAGCUGCAUGUGUGACAAAAAUAAAUGCGGCCAUGCACAUCUGCAUACGCAAGUGGUGCUAAAAUUAAAAUACUUAUAGUUGUAUAUGUCACACACACAUAUAUACACACACCACCUAUAUAGAUAUACACAUAUAUAAUAUUUAAUGCAAUUGCACGUGGAGUGCACGAGCAAGUGACAGCUAAGUGAAUUUUUCAGAUAAUUGCCCCGUGCGCCAAAAAGUAGGCAGCAAAAAACGUAAAAGCUCAAGCUAAACUACGCCAAGCACACACACACACGCAACGGCCAAGACUGUGAUUAGGCAGUGCCUAAGGCUGCGUGUGUGUGUGGACGAGAAAGGGAGAGACAGGGAGAGGCAGGCACAGGGCAGGCGGCCAAGGUGUCGAGUUUCAAGUGCUGCUGUGUGUGUGUGUGUGUUCGUAUGCUAGUUACUGCGCUUAACCUGAUUUACAAAAGUUUCGUCCUUUCUACGUAAACGGCCAACCCACUGACAGACACAGACACACAUACACACAAACACAUGCACAUAUGGAUGACAGCGGCUGGAUUAGUCACAAUAGCAAUAAACCGUACAACCGCAAGAGAAGACGCCGCCAGCAGCCAGGAGCAGAAGCGAGGAGGGCACAACGACUGUCUAUUGUGAAUGAAAUGCAUAUUCAUAGCCAAUAACCUCGCCUAAAUGAAGCAUGAAGAAACAAAAUGUGCGCACGAUAUCCCUGAUCGUGUGUACAUUUACCUAUCUACUCGUGGGUGCCGCCGUCUUUGAUGCCCUCGAAUCGGAGACGGAAAAACGACGCUGGGAGGCGUUGCAAAGUGUCGAGGAUCGCAUAAUACGCAAAUACAAUAUAUCACAAGAGGAUUUUAAGGUCAUGGAGACGGUGGUGCUCAAAUCAGAGCCACACAAGGCUGGCCAGCAAUGGAAGUUCACUGGCGCAUUCUAUUAUGCAACGACAGUGUUAACAACAAUUGGCUAUGGACACUCAACGCCAACGACCCGUGGCGGGAAACUGUUUACCAUGUGCUACGCAAUUGUUGGCAUACCCUUGGGUCUCGUUAUGUUUCAAAGUAUCGGAGAAAGAGUGAAUAGACUGAGCAGUUUCGUCAUCCAGGCGGUGCGAACAUCGCUGCGCUGCAAACGAACGGUUGCCUCAGAGGUGGACCUUAUAUGCGUUGUCACGACGCUCAGUUCACUGACGAUUGCAGGCGGUGCUGCGGCCUUUUCAAGAUUUGAGGGCUGGAGCUACUUUGAUUCAGUAUAUUACUGUUUUAUUACUUUAACCACAAUAGGCUUCGGCGAUAUGGUAGCUUUGCAGAAGGACAAUGCACUAAAUCGAAAACCCGAAUAUGUUAUGUUCGCACUGAUAUUUAUACUAUUCGGCCUGGCAAUUGUUGCCGCCUCACUGAAUCUGUUAGUUCUAAGGUUUGUUACAAUGAAUACCGAGGAUGAGCGACGCGACGAGGCCCAGGCCAUGCAGGCACUUCAAGUGGCUGUCAAGCUGGAGGGCGAUGUGAUAACAUCCAACGGUUCCAUAUUGAGCGGCUACGAAGGACAAGAUGGCCAAUCUCUGAACGGCACGAAUACAUCCUCGAUGUGCUCUUGCCGCUGCAUCUGCCUCAAUGGCAAUCGACAUAAAAAGCAUAAAAACGCGACCAGCGCAAACGUUGCAGAGCAUCAAUACAAGCUGCGUCGUUCGCCCACGCACAUACGACACCUGUUGCCGGAGGUGGUGCCCAUGCAGGAUCUGAACUAUGAUACGCAGAGCAUGCACACAAUUGGCGCCCUCAAUGGCAGCGGCAUCAUGACUGGCAGCCACCUCGGCAUGGGCAUGGGCAUGGGCAUGGGUCUGGAUGUGGUCGAUGAUACCGAAAAUCGUUCGCCACACAAGCCGCCGCACAAAUUGCUCAAGCGCAAUGUAUCACUUUUAUCGUUUCGCAUUUAGAUAACUAAGUUUGGAGCAACGAAUGUGGCCACGCCCUUCGUCCCCCAUCCAGUUGUGCCCCGCAAGCAAAAACCUAGAAAACGACUUAAAUAUAAUUAAAGUGAUAAACUUUCUCUGAUACAUUAUACUUAAACCUAACGGAAUUUGAAACUGAAGCAUAGUGAAAAUAACAAAUUGAAAAACAAAAAACAAAAAUAAAUUGCUAAAUUGAAAUGUGCAAAAAUCUUGUGCGUUUGCGAAAUUAAAAUUUAUGUGCAUUUACAAUGUAAAUUAGUGCAUAAAUACCAUCUAUGUAUACACACACUUACACAUAAAUAGAUAUAUAUAUGAUAAGCAUUAGAGAGCUAGCUAUAUCUUAUGUGUAUAUUUAUUGACUUAGGGCACUAGAAAAUUGAUCUUAACCACUGCCAUUUCCGAGCGAUAGACAAAACUCAGAAUGAUCAAUAACUCCGGCUAUCUCACACCCACACGCUCACACUCUCAUUCGCUCUCUUUCUCUUUAUCAAUAUAUCGAAAUAUACAGUGAGAUUCACUAGACUAGAACUGCCUCUACCAGGCUGCACUUAAAUACCCAUAUAUAGAGACAUCCAAAUAGUUUUCAGAGCCGUGUCAAAUUUCAAUUCUGUAAAUAUUUAUUACAUAUAUAUAUACAACAGAAAUUACAUUGCUUAAUAAUUUGAUUAGAAGAUAGCCCAUUUUAUUCGUAUAUAUAUUAUUAUAUUUCUUAUGAUUAUUAAUUAUAAUGAGCGGGAUAUUAGUUUAACAAUACUACAUCUAAAUAUACAUACUAUAGUUAGUAGUCGCAUAACAAGUAAAUAAAAAACAACGCCAAGGUCAAAUGAAAGCCAAGUGCUCAAUUGUCUCCAAAGAGUGCCAAACAAAAUAUAGAUUUAGACAGAUAGGCGUACAGGUGGGUGCCACGCCCACUAUGCACAUAUUUCCCCGCCAUUCGCAAUCCCAGAAACUAGACAGACCCUCAACUCCGUCAGACGAUUGCAUUUUGUUCACACUUAGAGUAGAUAAAUCCCAGCUACAAUUUUAAGCAAAUUCGAUUCUUCCAUUUUUUGAAAAAUCAUAAUUUCCAGAACAAAUCCUUAUCUGCUUUGUAAAUAUUUUAGUCAACGUAAUUACUGAUAUACUUUAAAGUCAAAGAAAACUAUUGUUAAAGAAACAAAACGGAAAAUCCAAAAGCUACCGAAGUUCUAAAAUAGUUAUGUAUUUAAUUCUGUAU